CUUUGAGCCUACUUCCGCAGUCCGGCUAGCUAUCCAGUUAGCAACGUACCUGCUCAGCUCAGUCAUGAAAAGGACAGAUUUUGGGGGAAGAGACGGCAUCGGGACAAGUGGGUAUAAGGGCCGAGGUCAACGCCGCCGUACACGCACGGCCGAAUAACGCAUCUUAAGGACCGCCAGUGACCUCGAAAUUGUUUGAAUUCAGGCUGCCCGCCGGCUGGUGAGGUAGACUAAGCGGCUAGCUAGCAGGCUCGUCAGGUAGCGUUAGCAACCUGGCUACUAACGGUCGCUAGCGAAGCUCGGUAAGCUGGCGACGUAACCAAUGAUGAAUCGUUUCCGAAAGUGGCUGUACAAGCCAAAGAGGUCGGACCCCCAGCUACUGGCACAGUUCUACUAUGCAGACGAGGAGCUGAAUCAGGUGGCCUCGGAGCUGGACAGCCUGGAUGGCAGGAAGGACCCUCAGAGGUGCACGCUACUGAUCAACCAGUUCCGCUCCUGCCAGGACAACGUGCUGAACAUCAUAAACCAGAUCAUGGACGAGUGUAUACCGGAAGACAGGGCCAACAGGGACUUCUGCGUCAAAUUCCCAGAGGAAAUCCGUCAUGAUAAUCUUGCAGGACAGCUGUGGUUCGGGGCGGAGUGCCUGGCGGCCGGCUCUAUCAUCAUGAACCGCGAGAUCGAGAGCAUGGCGAUGCGCCCGCUGGCUAAAGACCUGACGCGCAGUCUGGAGGAAGUGCGCAACAUCACACGUGACCAAGCACUGCGAGACCUCAACUUCUACACGGAGCGCAUGAGGCACGCUCUGCGGCACUUCGACGGCCUGUUCGCCGAGUUCGAGCUCAGUUAUGUGUCAGCCAUGGUGCCUGUGAAAUCUCCAAGAGAAUACUACGUUCAGCAGGAAGUGAUUGUACUCUUCUGUGAAACUGUAGAGAGGGCUCUAAAGCUUGACUAUCUCACUCAAGACAUGAUCGAUGACUAUGAACCUGCUCUGAUGUUUACAAUUCCCCGACUAGCUAUUGUCUGUGGACUUGUGGUAUAUCCUGAUGGACCUCUGAACCUGGAAAACAAACCAGAGGACAUGUCUGAACUCUUCCGGCCUUUUCGCACUUUACUGAAGAAAAUAAGGGACCUGCUGCAGACCCUGACAGAGGAGGAGCUGACCACCCUGGAGCGCAGUCUGUGCAUCUCCCAGGACGGAGAGUUUCCCAGAGGCCCCGACACCUCCUCCAGCCCAGAGCCGGCCAACCCCCCCUCCGUCGGCACCGAGAGCCAGGGGCAGGAGCCACAGAAAGAGCUGGACGGGGCAGCAGACCUCACUCCAUGCAGCUCCCUGGUAGAGGAGGACGGAGAGUGGGGGGAGGAUGAGGAAAAGGAGAAGGUUCUGAGUGAGGAAGUGGAGGGCACAGACGUGGACCUGGCCUGCUCCAUGCAGUACGACGAGGAGGAGAUCGAGCAGCUCAAUAUAAUGGUGCACCGCGUAGGUGACCAGAUGUCCACGUUGCUCUCCCCACCCAGCCAGAGGCCGUCUCCGUCUCACCAGCCGCAGACGCCCCAAGGGUCGGACCCGGGGGGGUCCGGCGCAUCCUCCAGUACUGAGAGCUCCCCCCGCCACGUGCCUGGACCUUACCGGGGGGAAGAUGAGCGUGUCUUCUUCAUGGACGACCUGGAAGGGCUGGGGGGUGGGGGGUGUAGGGUGGCCAGCGCAGGGGAUGGCCACGAAGGACAACGAGCCGUUCCCACCUCUCCUGCGCAUACCAGCCCUGCUGCUUCAACCACCUGUAACGGUUGGAUGACGGCCUGUCAGUCAAAUGGGUCGAUCGGUAAGAGCAGCCAGUGUGAUGACCCCUGCUCUGAACUCGUGGUAACCUCGGACAUGUUGCCACUAGUAAAUAGCUGGGCAGGGUCACAGGAGGAUGGGGGGGUGGAGACCGCCGAGGUCAUUGCCCAUCGGACAGGGGGAAUGAAGCUGUCUGCCACAGUGAUUUUCAAUCCGCGCUCGCCCAGUCUGUCCGACCUAGCCGUGGUCCUGCCCAAUCCACCAGACAGCCCCACCGCGCCGCAGGGCGCUGCUCUGGUGGCUACGCACUGCCUGCUCAACUCUUGCGUCUGCUGUGCCGCCGGCUGUGUCGAUGGCCGCGACGACCCCGUCGCCACGGAGACCGGUGCCUCUGGAGGCAGCGAGCCCGUGAGCCUUGACAAAUGUAAGCUCGCAGUCACCAGCUCUGUUAUCCAGUCAGCGGUGGGGUCCUCAAGUGUGGUGAAAGGAGACGCAUCGAUGCCCCUGCACCAUCCGCCUACCCUGCAAGCAGGGGAGGAGGAGGAGGAGGAGGAGGGAGAGAGCCUCUCCCAGUCCUCGUGCUGUGAGAAGUGCCUUGGCAGCAGUGCUAGCACCACGCCGUCCCAGGACGGAGACUCUGGGGAGAGGGGUACAGGGGAUGGUUGCCCCAGUUGGGACAGAGCUUGCAAGGGGGUGACUGGCACUGGAGCAAAUGAACGAGAGGACAAACGGUCCAAAGAGGAGGACAGAAAGAGCUCCAGCUUACUGGAGUCCCCUCCCAGUUCAGGCACCAGUAGUGAUUGUGAAAGUGUGUCCGUCACCACAUGCAGUCUGUCCAGUGCAUGCACACCCAGCUCUGGCAGUAGUCUGACCACCAGCACAGAGAUGUUAGAGGAUCUCGAUCACCAGGAAGUUCAGAUAGCCCUGCAGGCUGCCAGACUGGCUGCUCACAACAAAAUACGUUCACGUUUCCAUAGCAGCAGUGACCUCAUCCAUCGCCUGUUUGUCUGUAUAUCAGGUGUGGCUGAUCAGUUGCAAACGAACUAUGCAAGUGACCUGCGGAGCAUCCUGAAGACGCUGUUCGAGGUCAUGGCAACGAAGUGUGAACAGGGGGACAGCGAGAAGCAGAAGAAAGGGUCCCGAGUGGGAAGUGCCAGACUAGAAGAUUGCGCCCUCUGCCAGGAGUCUAUGUCUUCAUCCGAGCUCGCAGCCAAAGCUCGCAACGGCCAGUUUGAAGACCCUCCUGAGUGGGUUCCGGACGAGGCCUGCAGCUCCUGCGUCUCCUGCAAGGCUCCGUUCACCGUCAUCCGGAGGAAACAUCACUGUAGGAGCUGUGGGAAGAUAUUCUGCUCUCGCUGCUCUUCACACUCAGCCCCGCUGCCCCGCUACGGUCAGAUGAAGCCCGUGAGGGUGUGCACUCACUGCUACAUGUUUCACGUCACGCCUUUCUACAGUGACAGGGCCGGAGUCUGACAGUAACUGUCACCUUGCACCAACCCGCCAACACGAGCACUCUGCGUCCAGAGCCGCAGUUUUGUGUUUGUGCGCACACAUGCACAUUUAUUUAACUUCAAAAUGCGUACAUUUAAACAUGAGUACACUAAAUCUUAAACACUACUUAAUAAUGCAGGCAGCCCCAAGAAUAAAUCAGCUUUCAAGGCACGAUUGUAAAAAAUGAUGUAAAGAUAAUAAAUGCAUCUUAGCAAGCACAAACCCCUUCUGUCGCCCUGCAAAACGGAAGCCAAAGUAUUUGUCAUAGGGCUUCCCUUUUUAAUCUGAACUCUUGUUUUGCUUUUAAAGAGCAUGAUUCCUCCCCCCGCCCCCUCCCCCGAUGCAUCCUGGUCCUGGUCUUGGUGAGUCUUGCUCACUGGCCUCAGAACAGGUGCCAAAAUAAUAAUAAUCAACUGCUUUCUGUCGGCUGUUAGCAGGGAAGGUUUUUUUGGUAAUGGCAGCUUGACUAAGUAGUGCCAGACGUUCUAUAGGGCUCAGAUUUCCUUACUGAAUGUAAACCAUGACAAACAUGAGCAACUGUGACGAGUAUGAAGACAAUAAUAUUAACACAAUCCACACCAUUGAUUAUGCCUGUGUGGUCAUCAUAGCACACUUUGUUUUUUUAUUGUUAUUGCUAUUCUUAUUCAAAUAUUUUUAUUUAUGAAAUAAUGCUGCUCUCUGUAAUGUAUAGGAGUGAGGCUUUGGGAUAUGUGGAAUGGCCAAAAAAGAGUUACAUGUAUAUAUGCUGAACUUCAUUAAGUGAUUUUAAGUAUAUGAUAAAAGAGCAAAAUCCUUCUUGCUUUUACUGGCAAUGAAUGUGCAUCACUGCAGACUUGGAUGAGACACUGAUACUGCACCUGCAACCCCUCACCAACACUGUUCUGAACUUCUGUACCAGUGUCUGAGCCUUCAUCUGUUCAUGACGAGCAGUGUAAUUUGAUUUUUCGUUCUCAAAUCUUUUUUUUUUUUUUUUUUUUUUUUUUUUUUUUUUUUUUUUUUUUCUUUUGGAGUGAGAAAUGAGGAAAUACAUGAAAUAUGAUCCUUAUCCAUUCUGAUCUCUACCGCACUGGCAUGGUUUUGUGGUCUAAAGAUGCACCUGACCAGGUGUAAAGGACAGUGGAUGAGGGGUAAACAAAUAGGAUUUGGGCUUUACACGGAGAUGUCUAUCGAUAUCCUUGAUGUACCCCCUUCAGUACAGGCGGAUACUAGCCGCCCCUUCACUGAGUUCCUCUAAAUAAUUUACCACAAAUCAGUCAUUAGUACCCCCAAUAUAAAAAAACAAUAAAUAAAUACAUACACCACCCA